AUGACACUAUCGACACCGAGACAGCUGGAAGCCUCCGCGAAAGCAAGGACCAAACUCGCUCUGAAAGGACAAAAACGAUUUCGGGACUGCUAUUUUGUUUUCAUGCUACUCCUUGUUUCGGCGGCGGCUUUGGUAAUAUACAUCGUAUCACCCGAGCUUGGUGGUUCGCGUUGGGCGAUUCUGUCUUCAGGUGCAUUUGGAUGGGUAUCUAUGUACCUGUUCUUGUGUAGAUAUUUCCCUCGUUUUACGUGGUACGGGUACGGUCCUGUAACGCCGAUCAAGAAAAGCAUCAUCGUUACCAAUGGCGACAGCGAGCUUGGAUAUUAUCUGGCGAAGGAACUUGAUAUGUGUAUGUUUUCGUCCAUCUUUGUUGGCUCAAAGCACCCAGAUAAAGGAUAUGUUAAACGAUUAGUUGACGAAUGUACAAAAAAAGUUGUGGUGAUUCCUUUGGACGUUACUUCUGACGAAUCGGUUGCCAAGGCGAUGGAGUUAAUAAAUGACUGUCUGGACCGCCGCAACAACGAAUUGUGGGGUGUCGUUAACAACGCUGCGGUCACGUCAUGGGGUGAAAUCGAAUGGCUUCCACUUGAAACGUACAAGAAUGUGGCCGAGGUUAAUGUGUACGGCGUAGUACGCGUUAUAAAAGCAGUGUUACCUCUUAUCAGACGAAUCCAAGGACGUAUUGUGAACGUCAAUGAUGUGCGUGGUCUGUCUUCAGUACCCGGAUGUGCAGCUUUCUCGAUGACGAAGUACGCCAUGGAAAGCUUCUCAGAUACGUUGAGAUAUGAAAUGAAACAAUGGGAUGUAAAGUAUUACUGGAAAUGA